AUGCUAAAUAUCUUCAAAACACUGCACAGGCGUGGCUUCCCACGUCCUGCGGGAUCGUCAAUCUUGCAGCGGUGUCAUCUUGCAACGGAUUCCAAUGCAAAUCAUGCUGGAACCAUAAGCAUCGCCCGCCACAGCCCGGAAGAACGACGUCUCUGGCUCCGCAUAACAGUCCCAGCCACUUUCAAUCACCAGCCGCAUCUCCCAUCUAUACCCCGACAAACGAAACCCGAAACCUGCCUGUUGAACGUGUCAAUAAACGACACGCUCUCAGAGCUGCUUACCAUCCUACGCGAAGAGUACCCCGACCUCGGCGCUCCUCGGUUUGUAGAGCACCCUUCCAACACUCCAGGGGGGCCAAGCAGCCCACUAUCCAACGGACACACACUUGGACAGCUAUUCCGAGGCAAAAUCCAUGGAAGUUUCCAAUUUCCACGAGGAUUAGCUCUAAACCUCGAUGAGGGGCAGAUUCUGGCGAGUCUGAGAGAUAUAGAGGCGCGACAUAGGGCGUUGGAGGGCGCUGUGACGCAGAUGGAGAGCACGCAUGCUGGGAUAGCACGGAGCGUGGAGAGGGUGAUUUUGGCAAUCAAGUGGACGGGGUUGGCGUAUAUUAGUGGACAGUUGGGGGCUAUCAUCUUUCUCACGCAGCAGCUGGGGUGGGAUCUGAUGGAACCCGUGUCAUACCUCGCCAGCUUGUCGGGCGGCAUCUUCUCCGCAACAAUAUACGUCCUCAUGAAGCGGGACCCCGAGUACACCAACAUUGGAACGUGGGUCCGUGGGAUAUUGCGGAAACGGAUCAGCCGUAGGCGAGGCUUCGAUGAGAAGCAGUACGAGACGAUAAAAGCACAAGCCGAGUCACUGAAAGGUGUCAUUUCAUGA